AUGUCACGGUUUAGAACUACGAGAAUAUUAACAGAUGCACAGUCAGCUAUAUUAUCUAAAGUUGCAUUAUCUAUAAAUAGAAAUGAAAAUGAUUUGAAAAAGUGGUUUGAAUCUAUUAAAGAUGAUUUAUUUAUGCAGAUAGAAAAAAUUCAUAACUCAAUGUGUCAUGAUAAUAGCAAUUUGGGUGAUUGGAUCUCUAAUAGAACUAGGGAAAUUACUAUUUCAUUAAACUAUAAUACAGAUAUUAAGCAAAAGAGUAUUAUAAAUAAUAUUUGGAAGUUUUGGGAAAAUUUAGUAGAAUAUAUUAUAAAUUAUUUUUCAUAUAUUGAUGAAAACUUCUCUUGUAAUAUUACGAGAGACAAUAUUAAUGAUGUUACUGAUUGGAUUCAUAAUAAAAGUAUGCUUGUUGAACAAAAAUUGCACUCAGAACAGUAUAAUGGAGAUAAUAAAAUGUUAAAUGAUACUGUGAGUACUUGGAAGCAAGCGAUAAAAUCAAUAGAAAAUUUUAUAAUAAAACCAUAUAUUAACAGUACUGAAUUAAAUGGUUAUACUGAAUAUAAGAGUAAUUUACUCGAUACAUCUACUCCAUUAUCUACACAUGCCUUAUCAACCACAUCUGAUUCACUAUCUUUAUUGAAUACAUCUACGACAUCAUCUGAACAUAUCUUAUCGACUGAAUCUGAUGUUCUAUCCACAAUUGCUUCUACUAUAACAAAUACUUUAUCUUAUAUUUCAGAAAAUAUUUCUACUGUGACUCCUACGAAUGUAUUAGACGUUUUAUCUACAUUUUCACCAUCUAUAACUGAAAAUUUAACUAAAGAUAUAAAUGAUCUAAAUAUAUCGUCAUUUGAAAAAGAAGAUAAUGAAUUUUCUGCAUGUUUAGGUUUUUUUUGUGGAUCGACAGUCACUAUAGGUUUAUCUGUUUCUCUUGCUGUUGUUGGGGCAGUGUUUCUUUUUGUUUUGUUUUAUAAAUAUGUUCCUAUGGGAUCUUUGUUUGGAAAAAAAAAAUUUAAAAUUAAGAAAGGAAAAAAAAAAUUACGUGAAAUAUCAUUGGAAGACCUUGAAGAUACAUUUGAAAAUUCAAAGAAAAUAGAAAAAGUAAUAGGAAAGAGAAGUAGACUAAAUAGUUUUCUUAGAGCAUUUGGUUACAGAUACAGAAGUACAUUUUCUUAUAUAGAUGAAGGUAUACCAAUAGAUGAAAGAAUAGUGUGA